GCUGUGGAAAGAUGCGAUCAGCGAAGAGCGGAGGCUUUUCCUUAAUUGCUCAUUUCGGUAACAGAGGCUAAACAACCCGAAACCAGCCCUCCGUGGACUCUCCUGUUUCUGCGACAAGCUCCGCGCAUCCAGCACAGCGUUCACACCGAGAAAUGUCCAUGUUGUAAGCGGACAGCGCGGACUUUAACCGGCGGUUGUGGCUCGAGAGCUCCACUAUGUCCAAGCGGCGCUCGUCGGAGAGGGGGGCUGGAGAGACAUCAGGCAGGGCCAGCAAGCUGCAGUGUCCAGGGAUAUCUGGCAAUAAUGCAAAGAGAGCUGGGCCCUUCAUCCUUGGGCCUCGCCUGGGCAACUCACCAGUGCCCAGUAUAGUGCAGUGUCUGGCCAGAAAGGACGGCACUGAUGACUUUUAUCAGCUCAAAAUCCUGACGCUGGAGGAACGAGUAGACUCUGCAGGUGAGACUCAGGAGGAGAGGCAGGGGAAGAUGCUGCUACACACAGAGUAUUCCCUCCUUUCUCUGCUGCACAACCAGGAUGGCGUGGUCCACCAUCAUGGCCUGUUUCAGGAUCGAGCCUAUGAAAUAAUCGAGGACAUGGAGGCCAAUAAAAUACGCAAGAUGAAGAAGCGGAUCUGCCUUGUGCUUGACUGCCUGUGUGCUCACGACUUCAGCGACAAGACGGCAGAUCUAAUAAACCUUCAGCAUUACGUCAUAAAGGAGAAGAGACUGAGUGAGCGGGAGGCUAUUGUCAUCUUCUAUGAUGUGGUGCGUGUGGUUGAGGCCCUUCACAAGAAAAACAUCGUACACAGAGACCUCAAGCUGGGAAACAUGGUGCUGAACAAACGAACCCACCGAAUCACCAUCACCAACUUCUGCCUGGGGAAACACCUGGUGAGUGAGGAUGACCUACUCAAAGACCAGAGAGGAAGUCCCGCCUACAUCAGCCCAGAUGUAUUAAGUGGUCGGCCGUAUCGUGGUAAACCCAGUGAUAUGUGGGCUCUUGGCGUGGUCCUGUUCACCAUGCUCUACGGCCAGUUCCCCUUUUAUGACAGCAUACCUCAAGAGCUCUUCCGGAAGAUAAAGGCUGCAGAGUACUCCAUCCCAGAGGACGGUCGGGUGUCUGAGAACACGGUGUGCCUGAUCAGAAAGCUGCUGGUUUUGGACCCUCAGCAGAGACUCACUGCAGGAGAGGUGCUGGAGUCCCUCAGUGCCAUCAUUGCCUCAUGGCAGUCUGUGUCAUCAUUGAGUGGUCCUCUGCAGGUGGUGCCGGAUAUUGAUGAUCAGGUCAAUCACCCAGAACAUCUGCAAGAGGCCAAGGUGAUAGAAGAGUCUUCGCAGUACGAGUUUGAGAACUACAUGCGCCAGCAGCUGCUGUUGGCUGAAGAGAAGAACACUAUCCAUGAGGCCAAGAGCUUUCUCACCAAGCGCCAGUUUGGCAGCAUCCCCCCUGUAAGACGUCUGGGUCACGACGCCCAGCCUGUCAGCCCGCUAGAUGCUGCUAUCCUGGCACAACGAUUCCUGCGGAAGUAGUCUACAACCUCCCAUCUCAGCUUCUCUGACCUCCCCAGGGAGUCACUGUGGAGCCCAGAGAGGACUGAGGAGGAUGAGCCCCAAAACUGAACUCGGAUGCCGGAGGCUCAGCCUAAAACCAGGGUACAGAUGGCCCCAUUUGUUGGCGGGGCUUUGGGAAAGCUAGGUGGAGCCUGCAUGAGGAGAGCACAGGAAGAAACUGCAGAUUUAGAACUUCUCUCCUCAUGUGUUGAUCCUCCUGCGAAACAUGGAAAGUUCUGGAAGAAGAAGAUCUGAACCAAAGGUUCCUCACCAUCAGUCAGAUCUCACUGUGCAACCAAUUUGGCGUCACAGUCCACCAUGGAGUUAACACGAGGCCAUGCCCGGAUUGUUGAAGAGAUGAUUAACCCCAUACUCCUCCUCAUUUGGGAUCUCCUUCUUGUAACACUUCCCCUCAAACUCUGGAACCCCUGAGCAAUACAGGACCAGAAUCAUGUAGCAACCCCUUCUCUUCCUAGUGGUUAAUGGUAUUGCCUCAAGUCAGAUCACCUGAUCACAGAUGUCACUUCUCUUUACCUCCACAUCCGCCCUCCUCUCUACUGUUCUCCUGUAUCAACAAUGAUCCAGACUGGUCCUGUCUGUAACUCUGACUUCAAAUCAAUCUACCUCUCUGUCUCUCUUCUCUGUUGGUAAACCAUGCUCACUGUUCUGAGACAAGGGAUUGUAACAAUGGAGUCUUGAUGCCACCAGUGACAUAAAGCAUUAAUGUUUUCUGUCAGAGUGAUAAUGCUUUGAAACCUUUUUAAGAGGUUUCAAAAAAUCUGAAUAAGCUUUUUAUCAUAUUUACCUUAAUGAGUAGCAUUUUAUCCCUACCCUUGGAUUGAAGAUUCUGAAUAUCAAGGUGUGUACAAGCAUCCUUUGAUAUUUGCAGAAUGCAUCGUCUCCUGCUUUCGCUCAUCCCUGUGGAAACUAUUUUUAGCAUUUAGGCAGCUAGUGUGAGGUACCUGGAAGUCAAAACGCCAAGAACUGAAUGGGAGACACUGCUGGACCCUCCCUGCCAAGGCAUAUUGAUGGUAACGCUUCCUCAGUGCCAUUAUAGUGAAGAUCAGGCACUGUCAUGUUUCUAUUGCCAAAAAUCAUGUCUUAAAUUAACUCUUAGCCAAGGAAACUGGUACCCACAGCCUCAUUCAGAAUCAAACGGCUUCCAGGUAUUCCAACUUCUCCGUUUCUCUUUAUCAACACAGAUCAUGGGACAAAGUGUUUUUCAGUAUGAAUGUGAACUGUCACUCGACGCUUCGAUCUGCAGUAUCCACGAGUGAGUAAGUGUGUGUGUUUCUGGGCCAGGCAGCACUAAGAUUCUGCAGAGCUGUCAAAGCUGUUCACCUCUGACAGCCGCAGAUGCUUUAAGCUAUCCUCCAAUCAUUGUGUUCUGUUAUGUGGCCCGCCUAAGUGCAGACACUGUGAAAACCUGAUCAGGCUUUGCUAAGACGGGGCUUGACUGAAUGUUUUAGCCAUUUUCACUUUUUAAGAUAAGAGAAUAUGACAUAUCUAUUGCCAUUCUCAAGCCCAUCUCUGGCUCAGCUUGUACAUGCUUAUCUCACCAUGAAGGCUCUGCACAGAGAGCCUCACUGGUGGCUGAUAAUCUAUACUGUAAAAUUACACAGAGACAUGAAAACACACUCAAAGGUUUUCAUUUUAGUUGCUUGGUCAUUAUUUUUCAUCAAAACCACAGCAAAGCUACUAACCAGUGACUGUUAGGCAUCUGCCUCUGCGAAUUGGUACCUGCUUUAGGCUAUCACUUCUUCCUAUUUAUAUUCAAACUGAUCGCAUGAACAUAGGCUCUGGACUUUUGUUUCACACGUCUUCUUUCUCGUAAUUUCAUGUUGAUUUAUUUAUUUACUUGUGUAGCUCCCCCACCACCCCAACCCCCCAAACCACUGGGGCUUACACGACAAACACCAAGGGCAAAAAAAUUGCCCUUAGAGUGCUAAAUGUUUGCCAUGUAAGCCAGGGACACAGGCCCCAAACCUCUGCUCUCUCUCAGCUUUAAGAAGUGUUUUCACCUCCCAACAGUGGUUUUCAUUUUGAUCCUCUUAUUCCACAUCAUUGAAAGAGUAGCACCUCUUUUCAUGCGUUUUCUUUUUUCAUUUCAUUUCUUGCCAUUUUUUUCCACAAACUCUGUGGUCAACUUAAGCUACACUAAUAUACAAGACUGACUUUUGCAUAGUUAUAUAUUUUUUACACAAAACAAAACUAUACGCAUACAUUAUCUCGAUUUCCAGAAGGUUUUUUUUUUGUUGUUGUGUUUUGUUUUUCUAUCAUUAAACCCCAUAAAAUCUCCACACAAGGCUGCACUCUCUGGUCAGUAUGUAAAUAUGUACCAUCAUGACUGCGCCAGUUGUAUUGUAUUUAGUUCCACCCGGUUAGACACCAACUGUGUUUCAACACAUGCUGAUUAAUCUUUAUUCAAGGCCACCACACCAUCCAGAGGAGAAAAUCAUACGCAAAGAGAGCAGUCUGCUUUCUCCCACCUUAAAUGUGAAACCCAUGGAUAAACAGCAGUAUUGUAGUAGUCUAGAUUGCUCAACUUAAGAGGGUGAACACCGUAGCUAUCACUGAGUGCUUACAGUUAGUGAUCGUCUGUGGAAAGUAUCCUAGGCCAUCCAUCAUGACAGAUCAGUACCUACAGGUUCAAUGAAAUCUUAAUGUAAAUGUUAUUUUUUUUGUCCCCGUUUAACAGAAAGUGUUUCACCUUCUAGCUAGUGGAUUGUACCACAUUCAAUGUUUGUUGUAUUAAUAGACUGCGAUGUGGACUGAAAAGCAUGGAAGUAGUGUGAGUAGAACAUGUGACUGUUGCAUGAUUUUAAACUUGCAAGGUGUGCCAACUGAUGGAGAGUUUGAACAUGAUUACGUCUUUUGGGUCCCACAGGAAACGAAACAAGCAGAAUGUGGCAUACACUGUUAUUGGAUGAGUUUAAUUUUAUUAAUUUUCAGUUUAAUAAUUACCCCCAUCUUCUGAAGUCUUCAGUAUAAACCUGAUUUAUUGCAGACUGUUUCAACUGGAAACUUGGUGUAGGAUAUGAAAUGUGGUGUACUUUAAACCCAAUGGGAUAUUGUGUUGUAAGCUGCUUGGUCGACAUGGGCGUCUAGAUACAGAAAACUGCGUAAUUGUACAGAUGAGAAACACGUUUGUAUAAAAAUCAUAUUUUUCUACUUCAUCAGAUCUCUACAUGCAUGUCAGCAAUAAACUUUGAUAUGGAAACAUU